AUGGAACACACACAACAUGAUUCCACAAGAAACCCAUAUUAUCCGACAAACUCUCGAUCAACUACCUAUAAUAUCGAUGAUCGGUUAUCUGACUCUUGUAAUCGACUAUUGUGGUCUCCGACAAUUUCGGAUGACUACAGUCAAAUAGCCGACGCAAGGGAAAAUAACCGAACCACGAUUCCAAUCCUUCCGACCCAAUCAAAUCAUUAUCAACGUCUCUUAGGUCGUUCAGAACCCAACUACCCCACCCAUAUUAAUAGUAAAAAUCAUACGAACUGGCCGACAACAGGUGAAACAGUUCGUCAUGAUCAAGAGUUAUUGCUAAAUCAUGACUCGUUCCACGGGUUUAAAUCACAUUGUGACCCUCCAUUCCACAUACAUCACCGAACACCUUCAAUUCUACUCGAAUCUCUCAUACAAAAGAUUUCUACUAUACAUUUAUUUACUAUUACCACUACAUCAGAUAAUUCUACUUCCGAUAUACCAAAAUCUAUUCCAGUCUUGAUACAAAUACAAGCCAUUCGUGACGAAGAGUUAUCUGUUGUAAUUCUAGUUGAAGUACAACAUCUUCCUCAUCGAUCAACACCGUUAUUUUCGCAUCAUUCUCUCUAUUUGAUCUAUCUCAUAUUACGCAUCAUCUUAAUCUUCAAACAAACUUCACUAAUGAAUGGAACAAAGCCCAUCCACAUACUUUUGAAUGUAUAA